CCUUCUAUUGAGUGAAACAUUUGCAGAUAAACGUUAUGUUUCGCCAUCUGCUUGUCCGUAAUUUUGGCUGCAUUUAGUGAUAUUUAAAUUUUACCGUGCAUUUAAAUAAUAUACCGAUAUUUAGUGUGUGUAUGUGUGAAAAUUAUGUAUUUAUUAUUUUUCAUCUUCAGUUAAUGUUCUCAUUCUUGGAUUGUAGCCAAUCAUAGUGGUGUUUAGAAUUUGAUAGUGGUUUGUUGAAGAAAAAACACUACUUCUUGUUAUCAAGAUGAAGUUGGCCCGCCAAUCACAUGUUUUGAAGACUUUGGCUUCAAGAACAAUCACUCACGUUGUACCUUGUCCAGCUGAAGAUUCUAAUUCGAAGUCACAGCAGCCUGAUAAUAGACGGUCCGCACUUGGAGAAGGUGCAGUUGAUAGGGAACAGUCGGCAUCGGCAAAACACAACUCAUCAAUAAUGGCUUCUGAUCGACUUGGUCAACGUACUUUUGAAGAAGCCGCCAAUUCCUCUACGGUCGCCAACAGCAUGAUCAGAGGAAUUGACCACAUGAGGGACCCACGCCUCAACAAGGGCAUGGCCUUCACCCUGGAAGAAAGACAAGCUCUAGGCAUCCAUGGACUGAUCCCUCCCAGGUUCAAGACCCAGGAAGAGCAAUUGAACUUGUGCCAAAAGAGUAUUGACAGAUACACUGAGGACCUCAACAAAUACAUCUACCUGAUGGGACUCCAGGACCGCAAUGAAAGACUGUUCUACAGGUUUCUGUCAGAGAACGUUGAGAAGAUGAUGCCGAUCGUGUACACGCCGACUGUGGGCAAGGCCUGCCAGAAGUACGGCCUGAUCUACCGCAGACCACGGGGACUCUUCAUCACCAUCCACGACAAGGGCCACAUCUACGACAUCCUCAAGAACUGGCCCGAAAGCGAUGUGCGCGCAAUCGUUGUUACCGACGGUGAGCGAAUCCUGGGUCUGGGAGACCUCGGUGCUUACGGAAUGGGAAUCCCCGUCGGCAAGCUUGCUCUCUACACUGCUCUAGCCAACAUCAAGCCACACCAGUGUCUGCCAAUCACACUCGAUGUUGGGACCAACAACAAGGAACUGCGGAAUGAUGACCUGUACAUCGGUCUGAAGCACGAGAGAGUGAGGGGACCAGCCUACGAUGAGUUCAUCGAUGAGUUUAUGUCAGCUGUUGUCAAACGCUAUGGCCAGAAUACUCUCAUCCAGUUUGAGGACUUUGGUAAUGAGAACGCAUUCAAACUUCUGCACAAGUACCAGAUGAGCUACUGUACUUUCAACGAUGACAUCCAAGGAACCGCCUCAGUGGCAGUCGCCGGUCUGCUCGCCUCUCUCAAGAUCACCAACACCAAGCUCAAGGACAACAAGUUUGUCUUCCAGGGUGCCGGAGAGGCAGCCCUUGGAAUUGCUUCCCUGAUUGUGAUGGCUAUGGUCAAGGAAGGUAUCAGUGAAGAGGAAGCUAAGAAGAGGAUAUUCCUGUUCGAUUCCAGAGGCUUGGUCGUGAAGAAUCGCCCCACUGGAGGCAUUUCCGAGCACAAGGCCAAGUUCGCCCAGGUCAUGGACCCCAUUGACAAGUUGCAUGACGUUGUCAAGAAAGUCAAGCCAUCCGUCAUCAUUGGUGCGGCUGCACAGAGGGGAGCGUUCACUGCUGAGAUCAUCGCCGAGAUGGCAAACAUCAACAAGCGCCCGGUCAUCUUUGCUCUCAGCAACCCCACCUCACUGGCCGAGUGCACGGCAGAGGAGGCCUACACUCAUUCCAAGGGCACUGCUAUCUUCGCCAGUGGAUCGCCGUUCGACAAAGUGGUCUACAACGGAAAGGAGUUCGUGCCAGGCCAGGGCAACAAUGCUUACAUCUUCCCAGGAGUCGCUCUGGGUGUGAUCUGCGCCGGAAUCAGACACAUCACCGACGAGGUCUUCCUAACUGCCGCUGAGACUCUAUCUGGCCUCGUUUCACAAGCCGACCGUGACAAGGGAAGCCUCUACCCACCCCUCACGUCAAUCAAAGACUGUUCCAUUAAGAUUGCUGUCAAAGUUGUUGAAGGCGCCUAUGAAGAUGGAGGUUAUGCAUCUACUUAUCCUAAACCAAACGAUGUGGAAGAAUUUGUUAGAGCUCAAUUGUAUAAUUACAAUUAUGCGUCAUCUUUACCUAGCAAUUAUCAGUGGAAACUGGAUGAAUUCGAAUAACUUGCCGGGUUUAAUCUAUUCUCUGGGUUCAGCAUCAGUAUAUCCAAAACCGAAAAACAUCCAGUCUUUUGUAACAGAUUGUACGUACAACUAUCAAUACAAAGAUCCAGUUCUACCGAAGCAGUACAGCUGGCCAAAGUCAGCCAUGAACUAAUCACAACACUGUAAUUAUGAUCACUAAGUAAAUAAUUAUGUUUGAGAAGUAAUUAUUAUAAUACACUAAAAUACUGUAAAUUGGAAGCAGUGAUUUUCUUUUAAAUUGUGAACUGAGAGGUGUGAUUAAAAACUUUAUUUUGUAAAACUAUGAGCUUCAGGGUUUGAGGUUUAGAAUGUCUACGUAUUUAUUUAUCUCUUUUUAUUAUGACAAUAAUAUUGUUGAUCAUUAAAAUGUAUGACUGCAAUUUAUCAGUGUACUCAAUUCCUCUUGAACUUCUGGAAUUGGUUUUUUCUUCCUGACUAAUGUUCUAUGUAGCCUAGAUCAUAAAUGGCGACUGCAUAUUGUGAGAUUCAUUUCAAGUUUUCAGCAGUAAACGAAUGAGAAGCAUCAAUUUUUUUCAUGAGGAACAAGGAAUGCUGACUUGAAAUUAUGUUCACUUUAGAAAUCACUCAAGGGGAUUCCAUUAACUCACACAGUCAUUGUUUUAUCUUAUCAAGAAUACAUUGUGUAGUACCGAUAUACAGCAUAUUUUUAUAUAAUAUUAGUCCUAUACUAUGGUAACUUUCAACACUGCAGAGCAUUCAAUUCAAACCAAAUUCUUCAUUUGCCAUAAUACCAUACCAUUUUCUAAAACAAAAACACCAUUAGCCCUGGAAGGGUAUACCAAUAUUCCAGUUAAUGGUAUAGUGGGGCCAUACAGUGCCCCAAAACAAAAUGACAUAUAUUUUGUGUAGAAAUUUAUUGAACAUCAUUCAUAUAUAUAGGGUAUAUAUUAUAUAUCUAAACAUUGUGAUUUCAACAUAGAUAUCAACUUGAAUUACCCUGAUUAGUGGAUAUAAAAAACGUUUUUCAGAACCCUGUCAAAAAGCAACAAAAAAUGGUCAUGUGAAAAACAUUUUUUUUCAUCAAUUGAAAUUUUUCAUUCAUCACCAUCAUAGACAGCAUUCGAAAAUUAUUUUCACAAGGGAAAUUUAUGAAUUUGGCACAUUUGAUUGUGGUUUCGGUGCUUAGGCUACCGUACUAGCUUGACUUUUUGAACAGCUCGGAUGAUUUUAUUGGGAAAGUUGUCCUGAUUUUUUUUCUUCUAGUGUCUUCAUCUUCACAUUUCUCUUCCAUCAUUCAAACUUGGAGCAUAAACAUCAUCAAAAAAAUCUGGCUCAUCAGAUACAAAUAUAUCUUGGUAUUUCAUCUUGAUCUUGUCAUUCAAUGUCUUCUUCAACUUUCCCACCAUCUGAUCCAUUAGUAGCAUUAUCUUCUUUGAUUUCUUCAGUCUAUGAGUAGACUAUUUUUGUAUUUAUUAUAAAAAAGUUGUACAGUGUCACUUAUGAAUGAGAAUGGCAUACCGUAGCAAUAAGUCUUAAGAACAGCAAAUAAAGUUUGUUAU